CUUGAAGUGUCAAAGUUUCGUUUGUGUUUUCUCAUCAUCAUCGUCGGUUUUCUGCUGUUUCAUCUCACGGCUUCCGAUUUUCCGAAAAAAUCAGUGCAAAUCAAUAUAAUUUCCCGUUAAAUAGUGUACUAUCUCCAGGAUGAGUUCCAUCGGUACCGGUUACGAUUUGUCGGCAUCGCAGUUCUCGCCGGACGGACGGGUCUUUCAGAUUGAGUAUGCGGGCAAAUCGGUGGAGAACAGCGGCACGGUGAUCGGUCUGCGCGGAAAGGAUGGCGUUGUGCUGGCGGUUGAAAAGUUAAUAACCAGCAAGCUGUACGAGCCGGAAUCCGGAACGCGGAUUUUUACGAUCGACACCUCGAUCGGGAUGGCCAUCAGUGGAAUGAUUGCCGAUGGGCGUGCCAUUGUGGACAUUGCCCGGCAGGAAGCGGCCAACUACAGGCAACAGUACGAUCGACCCAUUCCGCUGAAGCAGCUGAACGAUCGUUUGUCCAGCUACUUCCAUGCCUACACGCUGUACAGUGCGGUGCGGCCAUUUGGAGUGAGCGUGAUUCUAGCUUCGUGGACGGAGGAAACCGGUCCGGAAAUGUACAUGAUCGAUCCGUCUGGGGUGUCGUGCGGAUACUUUGGAUGUGCCGUUGGCAAAGCCAAGCAAACUGCCAAGACUGAAAUCGAAAAGUUAAAGCUGUCGGAAAAGUCGGUGAAUGAAUUGAUUACCACCGCCGGAAAAAUUAUCUACCAAGUUCACGACGAGCUGAAGGAUAAGGACUUCAAACUGGAACUGAGCUGGGUUUGUCAAGCGUCCAACGGCCGUCACCAGGUGGUACCAGAUGAGUUGUACACCGCGGCGACCCGAGCUGGACAGGAAGCGGUCGACGAAGAUGAUAGUGAUAAUGAAAUUUAAAACGGUUCUCCUUCCGGCACUAUUGUUAUUGUGUAGGGUGGGGAAUUAAAAAAUUAUCUUUUUGCUAAGUUACUUCAAGGAAAAGCUUGUAUCAGUAAUUUUUCGUAUGGUAAAAUAUAUCGACAGAAACAAA